GUGCGCUCCUUUCUCCAGGACCCCCCGCCGGUGCCGGGGCUGAGCCGCACCGUGUAGCCGGUACCGGGGAGAGAUUCACCGUGCAGCCAGUAACGGGAGUGUAACCGGUACCGGGCAGCGAGGCGCCAUGCAGCAGGUGCCGGGCUCGGUGCGACUGAAGGUGGAGCAGCGGGUGUUCACGGUGGGCCGGCGGGAGCUGAGCGAGGGCAGCGACUAUUUCAGGGCUCUGUUCGCUUCGGGCAUGCGGGAGAGCGGCCAGGAGGAGAUGGUGCUGCCGCUGCUGGCGGCCCGGGGCUUCGCCCUGACCGUGCAGGUGCUGGCGGGCGAGCGGCCGGCUCUGAGCGGCGAGGAGGAGAUCGGAGACGCUGCCGAGUGCGCGGCUUUCCUGCAGGCGAGGCCCCUGAGCCAGCACAUGGUCCACUGCAUCAGCCCCGGCAACUGCGCGCUGAUGCUGCAGGCCGCCGCCGUGUAUGGGCUCCCCGAGCUGCUCCACGCCUCGGCACUCUACAUCAGGGACCUGCAUCCCGAUGUACGGCAGGAGCUGAGCUACCUGGCCCAGGAUCAACUGGACUACAUCGAAUCCCUGUCCCCCAGUACACUGGUAGCCAUGACCACCCACUCCCCCUCUCCCCAACAUCUCCAGGAUCACUCCAGGACCAUCUGUUACCUGGACGAGGCGGACAAUGUGUGGAGAGAUCUCACCUGGUUGCCCGAGCCGGCCAGCACAUCCCUCGCCGGCAUCACAGUCAUGGACAACAGCAUCUACAUAGUGGGAGGAGUGGACGGCGUGAGCAAACGGGUGGUGCCAACUAACUUUUGCUACAACACAGACAGGGACAGCUGGAGCGAGUUUCCUUGCGGCCAAUACCUUCGCCACAACGUGGCUCUGAGCGGCCAAGACGGCAGCCUCUUCGCCAUCGGUGGCGUGUGCAAGGGUAAAGUGGUGGCCACCGUGGAGAGGUUUCACGUCGCCUCCAACUCUUGGUCCUCGGUUGCCCCGCUGCCCAGACCCGGGGAAGGGGUGGCGUGCACUCGAGCGAUGGGCCGAACGUUCGUGUGUCUCUGGUUCCCCAUGGAGACCACGGACAUUUACGAGUACGGGACCCAGGGGGACGAGUGGACUCUAGUGACCACGCUCAGGCGCCAGCAGAGCUACGGCCACUGCAUGGUGUCCCACGUAGACAACCUGUACGUGAUGAGAAACGGACCGGCCGACGACUUUCUGAGAUGCUUCAUAGAUUGUUACAACCUGACCCGGGACCAGUGGAGCAGCCUCUCCGGGUAUUAUGUCAACAGUAAAGGGGCACUUUUCACAGCCACCGUCAGAGGCGACCGGGUGUUUACCGUCAACAGAAUGUUGACUCUGGUCUACAAUAUCCAGGGGGACCGCUGGAAGCCGGUGAAGGAAGCGGCUGGUUUCCCUCGGAGUGGCUCCAUGUACAGCUUCUUACUCCGGCUCCCGAAGAGGCGACUCGCUACCCGCCACACGACUAUGAAUGAAUGACAAUAGACAAUAGGUGCAGGAGUAGGCCAUUCGGCCCUUCGAGCCAGCACCGCCAUUCAAUGUGAUCACGGCUGAUCAUCCCCAACCAGUACCCAGUUCCUGCCUUCGCCCCAUAUCCUCUGACUCCGCUAUCUUUAAGAGCCCUAUCUAACUCUCUCUUGAAAGUAUCCAGAGAAGCGGCCUCCACCUCCCUCUGAGGCAGAGAAUUCCACAGACUCACCACUCUGUGUAAAAAAGUGUUUCCUCGUCUCCGUUCUAAAUGGCUUACCUCUUAUUCUUAAACUGUGGCCCCUGGUUCUGGACUCCCCCAACAUCGGGAACAUGUUACCUACCUCUUGUGUGUCCAAACCCUGAAUAAUCCUAUCUGUUUCAAUAAGAUUCUCUCUCAUCCUUCUAAACUCCAGAGUAUACAAGCCCAGCCGCUCCAUUCGCUCAGCAUAUGGCAGUCCCGCCAUCUGGAAAUCAUGUGUGGCUACUGGUAAGUCAAGCCUAAAGAAGAAUUAAUGUCAUUUUCAUUCCCUCUACUUUGGUCUGCACUCCACAUCAGACAAUGUUUCCAGGAGAUCUAACCUCCAGCUCCCAGCAUUGAGCAUUAUAAAUACAUCACUUUUCCGGCAAUUGUGUUCAAAUGCCUCAAUGCUUUCUUGAUACCCUUUUGGCUGAUAUUCCCAUUCCAUUAAUUAAUUAAUUAAAACUAUUUUUAAACUACUCGUGAUGUUAUUCUCAUCAGACGUCCAGUAUUACCAUAUCAAAAGGACACCACUGAAGGACACAUCUUUAAAUACUUGCCAUUCACAGUUUCUGCUGCUGGUGUUAUCCCUAACAUGUACAUGGAAAUCAGGGUGCAAGUUUCUAUUGACUGGGCUCAUAAGACAGUUUUGCAAGCAAUAUUGUUUUAACUUGUCUAUAUAAUUACUUUUAUUUUUGGAGCACCAAUCUUAUCUUUAGUGAAAGAUUGUAUGCUGGAUAUAUUCCAGCACUUGGUACAACAGAGGAACACAUGUGCAGGAGUAGAUCAUUCACCCCUUUAGUCUGUUCUACCAUUUAUAUGAUGAUGAUCAAUUCAGAUCUACUGUUCUUCCUUUCUGUCCAUAUCCCUUGACUCCUUGGUAUCUGAAAGGUGUUUCCCAUUUUGCAUUGAACCAUUAUAUCUGGUUUAUGUUUCAGCAUUGCAUUUGCUGCAAAUGAAUUUCAGAGUGAAAUAGAGCAUAGAACAGUACAGCACAGGAACAGGCCCUUCAGCCCAUAAUGUCUGUGCCAGACAUGAUGCCAAGAUAAACUAAUCUCCUCUGCCAGUACGUGAUCCAUAUCCCUCCAUUGCUUGCCCACUCGGGUGGCACAGUAGAGUUGCUACCUUACAGCAGUAGUUGCUGCCUUACAGUGCCAGAGGCCAGGGUUCGAUCCUGACUACAGGUGCUGCCUGUACAGAGUUCGUACAUUCUUCCUGUGACCACGUGGGUUUUCUCUGGGUGCUCCGGUUUCCUCCCACACUCCAAAGACAUACAAGUUUGUAGGUUAAUUGGCUUUGGCAAAAAUUGGAAAUUGUCCCUUGUGUGUAGGAUAGUGCUGAUGUCUGGGUUGAUCGCUGGUCGGUGUGGACUCAGUGGGCCAAAGGGCCUGUUUUCAUGCUGUAUCUCUAAAGUUUAAAUGGUGCCUAUCUAAAGUCUUUUAAAUGCCACUGCCAUCUGCCUUCAACACCACUCCUGGUAGCGUGUUCCAAUCCCCAAAACUCUCUGUGCAAAAAACCCGCCCCACAAACCUCCUUUAAAG